GGUUUGCCAACUUUGGCUUGCUCCCCAGCACGACCACGCCCACCGUCGACGGUGGCAGACAAUCGUGCGCGCGCCUGUGCCGGUCCGGGGGGGAGGGCUGGCCAUGCACGCGCGCACAAGGCACGCACAGCAACACAAAAGUUCCAAGGCCUCCCCUUCCUCUAGCAGUGGCGAGGCAGGAAGGCAGGCCGGGUGUCCUGCCUCCCUUGCGCGCGCUCUCACGACCCAUCCCGUCGUGCGUCAUCGAGCUCCGGCGGGCGGGCCAUGCACGCGUCCAGCUAGCUCACACAGCGCCGUCUCGACCUGCUGCCGGUGCUCCACCCGGCCCGCGUCAACAUCACGGCGGGCGGGCGCGCGCGUGAACGGUUUCCUCUCCGCAUGACCCUGUGAUGGUCGGUGGGUUCCUGCGGCGCGGCCACAGCCUCGACAGGCUCCUGUCGAGGAGGCGCCGGGCCGUUUCGCCCAGCCCCUCGUUCUCGUCCUCCUCCUCCACGCCGUCGUCUCCGCGUGGCAGCAGCGUCAGGAGCGGCAUGAUGGCAGAGGACGACGACGACGCGCCCACCACCGUGGCGGCGCCACCGCUGCAGAGACGGGUGCUGUCCAGGAGCCACGGCUCGCGGGCCACUCCCGGCCGGUCCCAGGACCUGCCGCCGGUGCCAUCGAGGACCGUCCGCGACAGUGGGCCGCCUUCAGAUUUAGAUUUGAUGAAGGAUAAGUUCGCCAAGCUGCUGCUCGGGGAGGACAUGUCCGGCACGGGCAAAGGGGUGUCCUCCGCUCUCGCUCUCUCCAACGCCAUCACAAAUCUCGCGGCCUCCAUAUUCGGGGAGCAGCGCCGCCUCGAGCCCAUGUCCGCGGAGCGGAGGGCGCGGUGGAACAAGGAGAUCGACUGGCUCUUGUCGGUCGCCGACCACAUCGUCGAAUUCUCUCCCUCGCAGCAGGUGUCCGAGGACGGAACUAACAUCGAGGUGAUGGGCACUCAGCAGCGCGGGGAUCUCCUCGUCAACAUCCCCGCCUUGCGAAAACUCGACGCGAUGCUCCUAGAGUAUCUGGACAGUUUCGGCGAGGCCCAGGAGUUCUGGUACGUGGCGAAGGACGCGGACGGGGGCGAGGACGACGACGACAGCACGUGCGACAAAUGGUGGAUCCCGACGGUGAGGGUCCCCGCCGAGGGCCUGUCGGACGCGUCCAGGAAGUGGCUCCAGCACCAGAAGGACCUCGUGGGGCAAGUUCUCAAGGCGGCCAUGGCCAUCAACGCCGACGUCAUCGCGGAGAUGGAGAUCCCCGAGGAGUAUAUCGAGUCCCUGCCGAAGAACGGAAGGUCCAUUCUUGGAGACUCCAUGUACAAGAUCAUAACCGACGACGUCUUCGACCCCAACGAGCUCCUGCAGUCCGUGGACCUGUCGACGGAGCACAAGAUCGUGGACCUCAAGGACCGGAUCGAGGCCUCCGUCGUCAUCUGGCACCGGAAGAUCAGCAACAAGCUCUCGUGGGGCCCCGCCGGCGUCAGCCUGGAGAAGCGGGAGGAGUUCGAGGAGCGGGCGCAGACCGCCCUGCUCAUCCUCAAGCACAGGUUCCCCGGCAUCCCUCAGUCGGCGCUCGACAUCAGCAAGAUCCAGUACAACACGGACGUCGGGUACGCCAUCCUGGAGAGCUACUCCAGGACCCUCGAGAGCCUAGCCUUCGCGGUUCUGUCUCGGAUCGAGGACGUCCUCCACGCCGACGCCGUCGCCUGCGACCCCAAGCGCACCAAGUCCAGGAGGCGGCCUAGCCUAGAGUGUGACGCCGCCGCCGAAGCCGAAGCCGAAGCCGAAGCCGAGACGGCGCACCACAGCGGUUCCGUGCACUGGCAGGACCAUCAGGAUGCCGAGGACGACGGCGGCGAGAAGCAUCCGGACGGCAACGGUAGGAAGCUGAAGAAGCUCCACAGGGUGGCGACCAAGAAGUUUCUCCACACGCAGAAGAUCGACGGUGUGGCCGGCGGGCUCAAGAGCUUCGCACACAGGACCACGGGGUGCGGGUCUUGCCCGAGGGAUGAUGACAUGCGUUCUUCCUGUCCACGUCUGAUCUGACAUCUACCCAAGAGCUGGCUGUGUCACGACGAAGUGACGAACCGAAAGUUUUACUCGAACCGGCGAACUGUGCACAACUCAACGACGACAGUUUAAUAUAUUACAUGCAUGGGACUAGAUCUUGUCAAAUGACAGGUUAUUCAAAGACAUGAGUGCCAAUUAGACUGAUGUACUCCACAUCAUCGAUGUGCUUCUAGCUAGAGGAGAUCAAAUUAAACUCCUAAAGUGCUUUCA